AUGUCAUCAGGAGAAUACUCUAGACGGUCCCAGCAUUGUAUAAUUUCAAUUAUCGUUCUGGCAUUAGCAACCAUUGCAGGGUAUUUUUUUAUCAAAUCAUCUGACAACAUUAUUCAGUCGAAGCAACAUUCUGACUUGGUAUCAGCUGGAUUACCUGGAUCUGGUUCAUCAACUUUGAAAUCGCCUAGUUCGCAUCUCUUAGAGAAGGUAGAGACAAGGAAUAUCAUGCCUGAAAUAGCACCUGCAUUAUUUGUAUCACAUGGAGGUGGUCCUCUGCCGCUCCUAAAUGUCCCUGAUCAUAAAGAUUUAGUCGACUUCCUUGGUAAGCAUGGCUCAUCCUUAUUGAAUCUUAAUGGACCAAAUAAACCAAAGGCACUUGUUGUGGUUACCGCUCAUUGGGAGACUGCAAUUCCUGCUGUUUCUACAAGAACGACAUCCGAGUUACUCUUUGAUUAUUAUGGUUUUCCAAAGGAAACUUAUCAGUAUACUUACAAGGCUGAGGGUUCUGUUCAAGUUGCAGAGUUGGUAGCUGGUGCAAUUAAGAAGGGUGGGUUUUCAAAUGUAACUUUGGACAGCAAACGAGGUUGGGAUCAUGGCGUGUUUGUUCCAUUGAAAGUGAUUGCUCCUGGUGGACUCGAUAUUCCAUUGAUCAUGAUAUCCGUUUUGAAGUCACAGAAUCCUACCGAGCUGUUAAAACUAGGACGAGCUCUGGCUCCUCUUCGAGAGCAAGGAAUCGCUUUCCUUGGUAGUGGAACUACUUUCCAUAAUUUUGAUGGUUUGCUCGCACCUCCUCCUACUAAGCAGAAAUUCUAUGCCGUCGCAGAAAAAUUCGAGCAACAUAUGAAUCAAGUAUUGACUGCCGAUAGAGAGGGCUCUGAUGAGGAGCAGAGGGACUCGCGCCUUUCUCUCCUUGAGAAGUGGCAGUCUUGGCCUGGUGCAAGUGCUGUCCAACCUGUCGGUGCGCAAGAUCAUUUCAGUCCGCUUGUAGUCCUUGCUGGUACUCUUUUGUCUAAGAAAGCAACGCGAGCCAAGUAUUUGGAUUUGAGUGGGCUUCCUGCCUCUAUCUGGUCAUUUUAG